AUGACCCUCCCAUCCCUCCCCUCCUUCCACUCCGCAACCCAAGCCCUCUCCCACUGCUUCCAAAACGAACCCUACGCAAUAAUAGGCUCCACAUCCAUCCUCCUCCUAGGCAGCACCACCGUCCACGACGACGACAUCGACAUCCUCGUCACCCGCAACCAAACCUCCCAUUUCCGCUCUCUCCUACGCACACACCCCGAUUUCAUAGUCGACAAACGCACUUUACAUACGAUUUACAACAGCACGCCGCCUAUCGUGAUCGAAUUACUCACGCCGCCGUUUCUGUAUCAAGAAAAGUACGAUGCGAACACGCCUGUGAUUUGGGUGAACGGCGUGAGAGUGUUGGAGCCGGUGAGGUUGCUGUAUGGGAAGUGUAGGAGUAUAUUGGGCCGGGCGAGCGAGGAGAAGAAGGGGGUUGAUGCUGAGGAUGUGAUUUUUUUGUUGGGUUGGUUGGCGGAGAGAGGGAAGAGGAUUGGGGGAAAAGAGUUGGGGAAUGUGACGGGAGAGUUUGUGGAGUGGUUUGUGAGGAGGUAUGGAGGGGGGGAGGGGUGGAAGAGAGUUUUGGGAAUGUGUGAAGGUGAAGAGGGGGGGGCGAUGGUCAGGUUGUGGGGAGGGGUGUUGAGCAGUGAUAUAUCUUUGACUGAGAACUACUAUGAAAAGUGUCGCUGUGAGUGA